CCCCCGCCCCUGCGCCCCCCGUCCCGCCCGGUCGCCGCGCUUCGCGAUGGAGACGGCGGGGACCCCGGGCCGCGGCGGGGGCUCGGCGGCGGGCAGGCCGGCCCGGUACAGCACGGGCACGCGGGAGCUAGUGAGAGCGAUGAUGGAGGAGAUGCACCUGACGCAUUCCCACAAGCGAUACCUGAUGGACUAUGUGAAACGGGGAGAUGCCCUGCCCAUUCAGAGAUUCCCCUCGUCCAGCAAAGAGCCAGUGCCUGUUUCCAACCCAGCAGCCUGUCAGCCACGCAGGCUUCCAGCUAGACCACUCCUCCGGCCUGCCAAGGUCUGCCGGGCAGGAGAUGCUUACACCCGAGAGAAAUUCAAGCCACAGCCCACACGAGAUUUGGAAAAGGAGAAGAGAAGACUUCAAAACAUCUUAGCAACAGGGAAGGAAGAGGUGGAGGAUGAGGUAGCACAGGUGUUUGUUUGGAAAAAGGAAGAGGAGAUAGCUGAGCCGGACCGGUUUGAGGAAUUGAUGAAUGAAAUUCAAGAGAGGAGGGAAUUCUUGGCACAGAUGGAAGCUCUAGGACAGGGCAAGAAGUAUCAAGGGAUCAUCCUCACUGAAAUCUCACAGAAGUUGCAUGAGAUGGAGACCAUUGACAAGAAGAGAAGUGAGGAAAUGAGAAACAUCAUGACAAAAGCCUUCCCUAUUGGGAACAAAUCCAAUCUCCAAGACUAGGGCAAGGGCAAAACACAAGUGCAAUUUGUUCCCACCUAUUCUUCCCAGACUCUCAGAAUUGGAGGCUGGUCUGCGUCUGUUUCCAAAGAGAGGGCAGCACCAUCUGUUGCCUGAAACUAGAAGGCAGGACCAAUUUGUACAUAAACAGUGACAGAAGUUGUAAAAUCCUUCCCACACAAGGGAUCCCUUCUUGCUCAAUAAUAUUAAAGACCUGAAAACACAUAGCAACAGCUACCAAAACAUGACAAAGCAGAGCCUUCUUUUGCCUGUGCA